AUGUUCUUUCCAAUUGGUUGGCCGAGGGUUUUAAACCCGUCAGAACUCAAUCAAAUAAAUGCUAUUGUAUGUAAUAGAGACAAAAUUUUGUUUGCUAUUUUGACAAGAGAUACUUUAGCAAUUUGGUAUUGUAAACCGUGCGUACCUAUUGUUUUUCAUAGAAGAACUAAAGAUUCAAUAGAAAAAUAUGGUGAAAAUUUAUUGGUACAGUGGAAACCCGAUUCUAGUAUGCUGACAGUAGCAACAACAGAAAGUUAUUUAUUAUUCUACCGAUUAUCCGACAGUGGAGGAGAUAAUCAUGGUCUAUAUGAGCAAAAAGAUUCCCCAGUGUCUAGUUUGCGCCGUGACAGCGCAGAGCUUUUUAUAAAAGAAGUAAUUCCAUCCUUAGUACUAACAUUUGUCAUCCCCGUGUGGAUAGACGGUGGAAUAAGUUCAUUAGUAUGUAUCAGAGAUGAGCUAAUGGUCGCCACAAAAACGAGUAUAAUAAUAAGACAGCGCUGGGAAGGUUCUGUAAAUCGUGACUACUCAUUAGACCUAAAAAGAGUUCCUUUUAGUGUUGAUCAACAAAUUUCAACAGUUGCUGUGCCAAUAACCGAUAAUAAUAUUUAUGUAACAGAUAUUGAAUAUUCUCCAUUAGUUGGAGGUUUCGCAAUCGUUUUAAGUAAUGGAAAAGCUGCUUUCUUAACAGCCCAGUCGUUGAAAUUCGAUCCAAAUCAAGUACAGGGUAUUUAUGCCAAAGAUCUAGAUGAUGCAACAUGUGCUGCUGUUAAUCACAAAUAUCGUUUGAUUGCAUUUGGACGUAAAAAUUCUCAAGGAGUUGUUUACUAUGUUGAUGAGACAACAGGAGGUCUUGAAGUGUCUCACACGCUCAGUUUGUCUUCAAAAGAUUAUCCAGGAAGACCGGGGAAUGUCAAGUGCCUCAGAUGGACACCUGAUAGCUGCGCUAUUGCUUUAGCUUGGGACACUGGAGGUUUGGCUAUUUGGAGUACAUUCGGAGCACUUUUACUUUGUACUUUAAAAUGGGAUUAUGGCUUACAUGUUGAUUUAACUCGUGAUAAUCCACUGCGUGUUCAUACAAUGGAAUGGUCAGCUGAAGGUUAUCAAUUAUGGAUGCUUAGAGAAUCUCCAAAUAAUACAAUUAAUCAAGAAAAUAAUGAAGAUGUAGUUAAUCAAGAAUGUUCUUUAAUUCAAUUAGACUUUGUAAAAAGUCCUCUUACAGGACAUCACGGGCAUUUAUAUCUCCAAGGCGAAGAUCGUUUGUACCUUAAUUUAGGUGGUGUAGUAACAGAUACACCAAAUUUUCAUUUAGGAAAUGAUAUUGUAAAUGACUCAACCUGCCAAACAUUAGCUGGAUCAAAGCAGUGGCUAGUAGUACCAAUACCGAGUGUAUAUAGUGGUUCCAACUGGCCAAUUCGAUACACAGCAAUUGACAAUGAAGGACAGAAUAUUGCUGUGGCGGGACGUACAGGAUUGGCGCAUUAUUCUUUAUCCUCCCGAAAAUGGAAACUUUUCGGUAAUGAGAAUCAAGAAAGAGAUUUUAUAGUAACUGGAGGUUUGCUUUGGCACCGAGGAUUCAUGAUCGCUUCCAGUUACUCUAUUGUAGAGGACAAAGAUGAGAUAAGAAUCUAUCCCCGAGACACAAGACUGGAUAAUAAUUAUGUUAAAAGUGUUCGAAUGCCUUCUCAAGUAUUACUCGUCAACACAAUGAAAGAGAGGCUGGUUAUAUUUUGUGCUAAUGCUCAAGUCAGUAUUUUCGACAUGACGCUCGAAGGAAUUGAAGGUACUGGAAGUAUUGAGCUCACAAGAACUCAAAUUGUUGACAUUAGCGGACUUUGUGUACACCCAGCUUGUGUUGUUAGCGUAACACUGACAACAAUACGAGCUGAAACAGCUGGGACUCAUCCACACCCAGAGAGUUUGCUUUUGAAUGUGUCUGGAAAACUUUUAAUGGUACAACGUGAGCAUUGUACUGACAAUACUGAAGUUCUAUUCACAUGUGGAGCUCCAAACGUCUUAGCUUCCUGCGUAGAGAACGUCUGGGUCCCAUGGAGAUCUCGCCGAGACAAACCUCACCUCACCGAAGCCCUAUGGCUCUUUUGCGGUGCCCAUGGAAUGCGAGUCUGGCUGCCUUUAUUCCCCCGCAACCACCAAGACAACGCGCAUACAUUUAUGAGCAAGAGAAUAAUGCUGCCCUUUCAAUUAAAAAUCUACCCCCUGGCAAUCCUCUUCGAGGACGCAAUAAUCCUCGGCGCCGAAAACGACACAGUUCUAUACACCUCAGACAGCAACUCGCCUUUCUCAUUGCCUUUUAGCCUACUCGAACUAACCAGCCAAGUGUAUCUCCACCAAAUCCUUCGCCAGUUAAUCCACCGCAACCUGGGUUACCACGCCUGGGAAAUAGCCCGCUCUUGCGUAGCACUGCCCUAUUUUUCCCACUCAUUAGAACUAUUACUCCACGAAGUCCUCGAAGAAGAAGCCACCAGCAAAGAGCCAUUACCCGACGCUCAAUUACCAAGUGUUGUAGAAUUUAUCCGUGAAUUUCCCGGAGUCUGGGCCCGAGCUGUAGUCCAGUGUGCUCGCAAAACCGAAAUUGCAUUAUGGCCAUAUUUAUUUUCAAUUGCCGGAUCACCAAAAAAACUCCUACAAGAUUGUCUACAGCGCCAACAAUUAGACACUGCGGCAAAGCCUUCGUCUGUCAGCAGACAACACGCGACUUUAUUAUUAGACGCGGCAUUGGAACAAGGAAGAUGGGAAUUAUCGCGUGACUUGGUACGAUUUCUUCGAGCAAUUGAUCCAAAUGAUGUAGAGUCACCUCGAAAUUCUUGGGGCGGUUCUGGUAAAUUAUCCGGUCCGCCUCCAACUCCAUCAGUCUCUCCUCAUGAAGAAGAUCUUUCUUUAGUUCUAGGAACUAUGCAAGUCUCAAGAAGCCGCAGUUACAGUACAACAAUUACUCCUAAAGUUCAAUUUGAUUCUAAUAAAGAUCCGCCUUCUUCAAUGUUAGAAAAAACUAGGAAUGCUGUAAUGCGACGGAAAAAAUCUGUCCCAAGUUUUAAGCCUGAAAAAAAUAACAAUAAUAUUAAUAACAAUAAUAGUAAUAAUAAUCAAGAAACAGCAGAAGAAUUUUUUAUUGAUGUUAUUUUACAAAGACAUGCUAGAAGAUUGCUUUCAGCUAGAAGACUUGCAGAUUUAGGACACUUUGCAGCGCGUUUAGAUUUUUAUUUGGUCAGUUGGUUGGCCAGAGAACGAGAACGUGCUGCUAAAAUUGACGAUUUUAUAAUUGCACUUAAAGCUGCGCAUGAAGAUUUUUCUUUUCCGUACCCGACUUUGUCUUUAACUAAUUUAGAAAAAUUAAGACGGCCUAGUCAUGCUAUGUCUACUAGGUCUAGGUCUGUUGAAUAUUCGGAGAAUGAAACCCAAACUACUACGACUUUUACUAAUAAUAUAAAUAAUAAUAAUAAUAAUAAUAAUAAUAAUAAUAAUAAUAAUAAUAAUAAUAAUGGGGAUUUACCAGCAGACAGUGGGUAUACUAGUUUGUCUAGUACGAGGCCUGGAGGAAUUUAUGGAUUAGUGUCACCUGUAGCGAGUCUUGAAACGCAGUUUCCGAUUGUGGAGACGAAGUUGACUCCGAGGAUUCAUCAGGACGCGGGGAGUGUGCUGAGUGAUACCAGCACGAUUUGGAGAGACGAUGUGGAAUCUGUUGUGGGAACUUGUUGGGUCUCCAGUGAUGCUAUUGAGCCAGUUGAUAAUAAUUUGAGCUCAAUUUGUGGACCGACUAGUCGGGCUCAGGUGCAAGUUAGGUAUCUGCUGCAAUUGUUCUUGGAGGCUGGGUGUAUUGGAUGGGCAGCGGUGCUGAGUACGAUGUUGAGAGAUGCUUCGGCUAUGGCGAGGACGAUAAGAGCGGCUCAUGCUCCUAUGCAGACUUUGGAACACUCAUCAGUGAGUCAAGCUUCCUUAACUGUUGCCUCCACAGUUACUGCUGCUACACCAAAUACUACCAAGGAAGAAAUUAAAAUUGAUGAACUAUUCCCUGGUACCGGCAUCGGCAAAGAGGCUAUUCAUAAUGGCAGUAAUGAAAAGUAUGAUGAUUCUCAGCAACAGUCUAAUUGUGUAAUCUCACGGUUCCGCGGUGGCGUCUUUUGUACCAUGGACAGCAACUGCAGCACAAACACGAGAUGCAUAAAACGAAGAAUGUCACUACGACAAUAA